AUGGAUAUUGAACCAAAAAUGAACAGAAAGAAAUUGCUUUGCAUAAACUGUUUUAUGGAUAUAUGCUCCACAAGGGUUUCAAAUAGGGAUGUUGGUGAGCGAUUCCAACAUUCCGGUGAGACGGCAGAGCAUUCCAUGAAGUUUUUUUUAGAGGCGAUAACUGCUAGAGGUAAAGGUUUCCAAGGUUUAGCUCGAGACAUUAUUAAGCCGAAAGAUGCAACUUUUCAAUCCAUACCACCCGAAAUCGUGAAUGACCAAAGAUACAUGCCGUAUUUCAAGAAUUGUAUUGGAUGCAUUGAUGGUACACAUAUAGGGGCAUGCAUCUCCGAGGGUCAACAACUACCUUAUAUAGGUAGAAAAGGAGUAUCUACUUUCAAUGCAAUGGUGGGGGGUUCGGCACACGACACACGUGUUUUUAUGCAUGCAACAAACAUAUCCUUAAUGAAUUUUUCAAAGCCACCUGAAGGUCAAUAUUAUUUGGUUGAUAAAGGAUACCCAGAUAGAAAAGGAUAUCUUGUUCCAUAUUCCAGGACAAGAUACCAUCAAUCUCAAUUUCAACAUGAAGCACCAACAAAUAAAAAAGAAGCUUUCAAUCGUUGUCAUUCAUCUCUAAGAAGUCAUAUUGAAAGGUCCUUUGGAAUUCUAAAGAAACGAUGGAAAAUACUUGAUCGAAUGCCCAAGUACAGCGUGAAAACUCAAAUUGAUGUUAUUAUGGCUACAUUUGCAUUGCAUAACUAUAUUCGGAAUAGUUCUCAACAAGACAUGAUGUUUACAGUGAUGAUGGAAGAACAUCCAAAUUACAUACCACAGGACGAACUUCAUGAUGUUUAUGGUCAUACAACAAACUUUGAAAACUCUUUUGAAGGAACAUCUAAUGAGAUGAAACAAAUUCGUGGUGAGAUUGCUGAUUUAAUAUGGGAUGCACGUCGUCGAUGA